AUGUCUUCAAAGCAAGGGAAAGUGGUCUCGACCGAUACAGCCACCACACCCGAAGUCGAACCACUAUCUUCUCUCCUCGCUCAUCCCCUGCUGCAGGAUCCGAAGUUCGUAGCUGCUGCUGGAGGUUUGGUAGUGCUUCUGAUAUUCCUCAGCGUAUUCCGAACAGGAAAGAAAGCAUCUCGUCGAUCUGGUCCCGCAACGGUAUUAUUGGUCGGACCGAGUGAUGCGGGCAAGACAUCCCUUUUCACCAAACUUGUACAUAAUACCUAUAUCCAAACGCACACCUCGAUACAACCUUCGAUAACUACCUUCCCAUUCAAUUCACCAUACGAGGAUGGUCAAACGAAACCUAUCAAGUUGAUUGAUCUUCCUGGACACCCGAGGCUGAAAGAUGAACUGAAGAAGUACGUCAGAGAGGCUAGUGCGGUGGUCUUUGUGGUGGAUAUCCAGGCGUUAGUAAGGAACUCAGCGGCUGUUGCUGAAGAUCUCGCUCCAAUUCUUGUAACCCUUUCCAACCUGAACAUCACCACUCAAUCUGAACCGACCAAACUCUUGAUCCUAGCACACAAGACCGACCUCCUCACUCGUUCGUCCUCGGGAGAAAUCCCAGAAAGUUCCCUCAUCACCGCCAGGGAGAGGGUCAAGUCUAUCUUGACCAGGGAGAUGGACCGGCUGAAAGCUACAAGAACAAAGAGUGGUGCAGGAGGUAAGAUAGAAUCAAUGGGUAAAGUCGCCGGUACCUCGUCUUCAGGAUUCUUCGCGAGGCUCUUAGGCGGUAGUUUGACUGGAGCUGGUCUGGAAGGAGAAGAGGAAGGCGAAGAUGAGAGUUUGAUAUGGGGUGGGAAAGGUGGAUUUAGCUGGGAUGAUGUAGAGGGUGUGAAUAUCAGUUUUGGUGCGAGUGGGUUGGGACCCGUUGGGGCCAAGAAGGAGGAGAAGGAGGGGAAUGGGUUGGACGAAGUGAAAAGUUCUAUUUGGGAGGUUUAA